CGCGAGCAUCACUGUGCACCGAGCCGAGCGGAGCCGAGCCAAGCCGAGCAGCAACCGACAGAGACACCGACCCUCCGAGCGGACGACGGCUCCGUCAGCGGGCAUAUGAGGACUUCACCCCCCGGUUCAGCGGCUUGUUUUCGGUGAUUUCGCUCCUCGUCGCCUCUCUGGAUGGAUGUGAAGUAAAAAGGCCCCGCUGUCGUCAGUCGGUGUCCUCUCCAUCUCUGCGCUCUUCUUCCCCCGCUCCGUCAGCACCGCAUCCUGCCCUCAUCCACAAAAUGGCGGACAUGAUCGAGCUGGGACCCGCCUACGCCAUGUCUCCAGUCCUGGCGGGCUUCCUGGGCGCCGGCGUUCUGGUUCUGGUGGUGGUCGUUCUGGUCCUGCUUUGGUCCUUCUGUCAGCGGCGUUACCUGCGGAUCUCUGGACGCUACAAGCUGCACGGCGACCGUUACUGUGAUGCAGAGGACCCCCCCUACAAGUUCAUCCACAUGCUGAAGGGCAUCAGCAUUUACCCAGAAUCCCUCAGCGGCAGCAAGAGAAUCGUACGCGGCAUCCGGCGUGCUGACCGCUCUGACCGUGACAGUGAGCGAGGCUGCCCGGGCGCCACAGGGCGGGGCAUGGUGCUGGUGGACGCAGAGAACAACAUCCUGGACGUCCCGGGUCAGCUGCAGAUGAGCCACCUGGUCCCCCCUGCUGGGCCAGGCCCCGCCCACAGCCAGGCUCGUCUGGAGCGGGCGCUGCCGGUGCGAGCAGACUACUGCUGCCUGGACAGCAGCUCGUCCAGCAGCAGCCAGACCAGCAGCAAGACGGCGUCCCCCUUCACGCCGGCCUCCUCGGACCCCGAGCCCGAGCCCAGCCUGGGCGCCAUCAGCCUCACUGUCGACUACAACUUCCCCAAGAAGGCCCUGGUGGUGACCAUCGUAGGGGCCCGGGGCCUCCCCGCCAUGGACGAGCAGGCGGGCAGCUCGGACCCGUACGUGAAGAUGACCAUCCUCCCAGAGAAGAAGCACCGCGUCAAGACCCGCGUGCUCAGGAAGACCCUGGACCCGCUCUUCGACGAGACCUUCACCUUCUACGGCGUGGCGUACAGCGCGCUCCCCGAGCUCACGCUGCACUUCCUGGUGCUCAGCUUUGACCGCUUCGCACGCGAUGAUGUCAUCGGGGAGGCCGUGGUGCCGCUGAAGGGCGUGGACCCAAGCACGGGGAGAGUCCACCUGAGCCAGCAAAUCAGCAAGAGGAACAUGCAGUGUGAGACUCGUGGCGAGCUGCUGGCGUCUCUCUCCUACCAGCCGGUGUCUCAUCGCCUCAGCGUGGUCGUCCUGAAGGCUCGCCACCUCCCAAAGAUGGACAUCACCGGCCUGUCAGCCAGUGAGUACACACGCUGAGCAGCAGGGGGCGCU